AUGCAUAUCAACGGUGGACAUCGAAAACGUGUCUCAAGUGAUGUGGACUCCAUUACGAGUGACAGUGAGAUUACGGUAAUCGAGCGAUUCGUCACGUCAAGUUCCCCUUCUCAAUCAACUUCCAACUACAGCGAUCAAUGCGAUCGAUUACGAGAGCGUCUUGAGCAAGCACUUGUCGAGCGAGAAAAACUCGAGCUGCAAAACGAACAGCUGUUGAAGCAAUGGGAAGAAGCACUGGAGUAUGUUACGACG